CUUCCCGCCUGGUAGGAUCUCGGAGCACAAAUCGCCCAGCCCGGGGAGGGUGGCGUGCUUUGGGCCGGGGACGCUGGCAGGCGAGUCCGGAUUCGCCCGUGGCUGUUGUUAGGGCAGGGGGAGCGUCGGGGGGCGCCUCCAUCCUUUCUCUCGCUGCCUCCUCUGGAUGGAGCUGCCUGGCUGAUGGUGGAGGAAGCGGCCCACUGGCGGCACGUUUGCACUUUGCAGGGACCCAGCGGCUCCUCCAGCCACCGCCGCCGCCACCAGCAGCACCAGCAGGAGCGGGAACAGGAGCUGCUCGGCCGCGUCUCUCUGGCUUCGCCUCCGCGGAGCCGAGCUGCCUCACGCCGCCUCCCAGAAACUUUCUCCGGGCCCAAGAAGAGAGACCAGCCCGGCCUCGGGAACCCCAAGUCGGGGCUGCCCUUCUGCUGCCGCCGGGAGAAGCCAGCCAUGAACCGGGAAGCGGCGGUGGCGGCGCGGAGCUGUCCGUGGUGCUGAAAUGUCCGCGCCGGGUCCGGGAGCCUGGCGGGGCUCCUCGGCGUCCCUCUGAUCGGAGGCGGCCGCCAAGGGGAGCCGAAGGGGCGCCCUCUUUCUCUCUCUCUCUCUCUCUCUGCCUGCCUGCCUGCCUCCCUCCCCAUGUUGGAUCGGGACCUCUGGGGCUGAAACAGCCAUUCCCAUGUGGAUGCAGGAUGGACCCGCUCUGGAGGAUGGAUCAACUGCUUCUCUACAUCAAUGCAGCCCUCCUGGUUUAUUUCAGCUGUGCCGGCUUCUGUCUGGCGGAUGCAGACAGCCCCUCCGCUCCGGUCAAUGUCACAGUCAAGCUCCUGAAAGCCAACUCAGCUGUUGUGACCUGGGACGUCCUAGAAGAAGAGGUGGUCAUAGGAUUUGCCAUCUCCCAGCAGAAGAAGGAUGUCAGGAUGCUGCGCUUCAUCCAGGAGGUGAACACCACCACCCGCUCGUGCUCCCUCUGGGACCUGGAGGAGGACACCGAGUACAUUGUGCACGUCCAGUCCAUCAGCAUCCAAGGCCAGAGUCCAGCCAGCGAACCAGUCCACUUCAAGACCCCCCGGGAAGCGGAGAAACUGGCUUCCAAAAACAAAGAUGAGGUGACGAUGAAGGAGAUGGGAGAGAAAAACCAGCAGCUGCGAGCCGGGGAGAUCCUCAUCAUUGUUGUGGUCUUGUUCAUGUGGGCAGGGGUGAUCGCCCUGUUCUGCAGGCAGUACGACAUCAUCAAAGACAACGAACCAAAUAACAACAAGGAGAAAGCCAAGAGCACCUCAGAAAACAGCACCCCCGAACACCAGAGUGGGGGCCUCCUGCGUAGCAAGUUUCCAAAAAACAAGCCCUCAGUGAAUAUCAUUGAAGCAUGACAGCCUGAUGGAUGGACUCCGUUUCUCCUUCUCUGUCUCUUUCCCUCCCUCCCUCCAAGAUUUGGCAACUGGGGAAGUGAAAGGUUUUUUAGAGCUGUUUGGAAAGAGUUCUGUCCAGCUGCUGCAGGAUGUAGGCACAAGCCUCUCCUUCCAUACCCUGGAGGAAAAAAACCAACAAACCCAUCUCCAUUUGGGAUAGAAAAGAAACUCUGUAAUGUACUGAGCUACAGCAGACUUUGAACUAGGCUGUAUCCCACACACCAACAAAUGGGCAUUUGCUGGUGGAGCUAGGAGAAGCGUCAUCUUUCACCUUGACCGUCUGUCUCUGUCUUGUCCUGAAACAUUCGUCUCUUGGGAAAUGCUCCAGCUCAUUCCUGGUUUGCUUUCUUCUUACCACAGCUCAGUUUUUCAGUAGGAAAUGCUAUCCUGGAUUCCAGACACGACUGCCUCCAUGAUCUCCUCUUCGUGACAAUGCUGGAGAACGCUCUGUCCCCUCUGACCACAGACCAAACCAAUGACUUUGGCUAGAAAUCCCACGCAGACGUCUUGCCAUUUGUGCUUUAAGUAGAAACAACUGUUUGCAGGCAUUCAAUUUUGUGUCUUUAAUACAGCCUCUGGCAAUCUGGUGCCUACCAGCUGUUUUGGACUACAAGUCCCAUCAGUCCCAGCUGGCCAACAAAGUGAGCUGUCGUUCCAAACAGUUGGUGGGCAUUAGGUUGGCGAAGGCUGCUUUAAACAAAGAGACAAAGAAACCAGAAGCACACAUUUUUCCACCUGGACUCUCAGGACUCCGCUAGCUGCUUAUUAUAAGUUAUUUUGAGCAGUUGUGAGUUUCUUAUUUCCCCCCAAGUUUUGGUGUAUAUUUAAUGUUGUUUCUCCAACUGGAUAACCAACAGAGAAUGCAAAAAACAACAACAACAACAACAAACCCCUAACCCCAAAUCUUCCAGUUCUGUAGAACAGCAAAGAGAUCUGGCGAAGACUUAUAGACAAGAAUGGUGGAAACAUCUGGUGUUUUUCUCCCAGGGUGAGCCCCAUUUAGGCUGCAAACUUGUUCUGGUUUUAUUCCACUUUAUUGUCAUGGCUUUUCCAAAGAAUCCUGGGAAUAGUAGUUUGGUGAGGGGCUGGAGAUUAUAGAAAUCAAGAAGAACCUUGCUGAGCCAGGCCUAAGGUGUGGUCUUGGGGUGGGGAACCUGUGGCCCUCUAGAUGCUACUGACUACAACUCCCACUAUUCCUGACAGAUGG